AUUGUUUCCAUUCCCUUACCCGCAAGCACCCCACCCUAUCCCUGUCUCUCCUCUUGCGUUUGAUUUCCUUCAAGAGGACGAGACCAUGGCGAUCAACCAUUUUAUCCUUGUGCUCAUCUCCCUCUCCUGUCUCUUCUCCUUCUCUGCUUCUAGCCCUGCCCCUUCGCCAGCUUCUGCUCCAUUUCCAUCCGAAAUUCAGUCUUUCAACUUUCCUGAACCUGAAGGGCAGAAGCAUGAACAAGAACUUACUAUAUUACCCGUCAGCGCCGACCCUAGCCUUCAGCGAAUCUGUGGAGACACUGACCACCCCAUCGAAUGUCUAACGACAACGGUUCCAUUCCUAGGAGACGACGUUAAGAUCGAACCAGUUUCUAUCCUUAAAGUUGGGCUCGAAGCUAUGGGUAACAAAACCAGGGAAGCCUUGGCCGAGGCAUCAUUGCUCUUGCUGGAUCCCUCUACCCAAGAAGCCGUUGCUUCCUGCCUUGAAACAUGCAUCGACAGCUACAACGCCAUUCUCGACACCAAUCAGAAAGCUCUUGAAGCCAUCGCCAUUCGCGACCUCUACCAGUUGAGCAUGGAGCUAAGCUCAAAUGUGGAGAAUGUACACGCCUGUUCGGAUGCCUUCGAAGAAGCUGAACUCGAGUCGCCAAUCAAGGAGAUUGAUGCAUUGCUGGAAAAGAUGAUUAGCAACAGCUUGGCCAUUGGCAUCGACAUGGUCCACUUUUAGAGAAACGAAAAUACAAAAGUUCUAAAAAACCAAAGGAAAUUAAACCUAUAAUUAUUGUGUUUUAGUACCAUACCUCAUUUGAUUUGUUGUUCCAUGUGAAGCGCACAUUUUUUGCGGGAAAUAUCUUAUGCUGACAAUGACUGGUAAAUAUCCACGAGGAAGAAACUAUGUCUUGGUUUCUUAUUGUUUAUGAAUGACACUGCAUUCCCUUUGAUAUUGGGCAACAAUUUUCAGAAGGAUUCCUCGUGUUAUUUUGUCCCUUCAGUGGAUCAUGGGCCUCCUGCCGUCUAUUUUGGAACGUCUGUUCUCCAUAUGCUGCAAUUAGCAAAGCAUGAUUGAUUAAUUUUCCAAGCCUAAUUAAUUCCCA